CCGCGCUGAAACAGCGUCCUUCUAUCUCGUUCCUAUUCGAUUGCGUUGUAUGCGAUAAGUGUCCGGAGUUCGUGAUUGUGCACCUUCUAUUCUGUCAGCUCAUGGUACAAUAAUAUAAAAAUUAUAAAAAUGAUUUUGUUACAAAGAAAGAGCAGUACAUUGCUGUUGAUAAUUGCAUGUAUUAUGCAUUCAUCGUCACCAAAUGAUGACCUCGAGAACAUGGGAGCCAUUUCUCCAAAACACUUUGCUAAUAUAUCUUAUGAGAUAGAAAAAAUGAAUCCGAGUGGAGUAGCUUCUAUAUUUUCUCCACGUAUGAACUUCGAUCAAUGGAAACCAUUGACUGGCCGCGGGGAUCCGUUACGCAAAGAUCCUACUUAUGAUUAUGAACCUCCUUUACUUGAACGUGUUCACUACUGGGCAGAUGAGACCCGUUUUGAACGUGACCAUUAUCCUGAAAAGAAGUCUGAAGUUCUCAUGUUAGGAGUAUCAUCGCGUAGACCCAGUAUAGCGCCACGACAGCCUUCAAUGCCCAGGAGACACCAUAGACCACCACCUCCACCACCGCCACCGAAAUAUGAAGACUUCACAUAUAAAUUAAGCGACCGGUUACCAAUGACAAUUCUCGUACCGCCGCCACCUCCACCAAAUGGACAUCAAACAUCGCUGUUUAUUUUACCAGAAGUUAAAAUACCGGCACCCACAACUCCAAUAAAAUUGACUGAACCUCCUACAUUAGUCACAAAAGAUAAUACGGGUAAUCCAGGUUAUAUAACUUCGUCAUACGCUUUACAAGAAGCUAAUCUUAUAUAUCAGUCUUCUACAAUUAAUGAUAAUUGGAUAAUAAAUGUAAACGAAACGCAAUCUAUUCCAAAUGCAGUAAGCAGUGACUAUGCUGGAUGGGGGCCAACAACACCUACGAUUAAUAUUGAUGUCGUUAAUGAUACUCAUAACUUAAUAUCUAAUGACGUUUUAAAUUUAUCUAAGAGUCCGUAUUCAUUUUAUAAACCGAUGUUGUCAGAAGCACCUCCACCACCACAGAUAACAAUAAGUCCUUUACUUCUGCCUACGUUUGUUCCAACAGUUCCUCCAUCAACUAUAGAAACUACAACAUUCAGUGCACUAAAACAUCCAAAUGAUAAAACAACUAUAGAAACAAUAACAGAAAAUCAAGAUUACUAUGAAAAUACAACGACUGAACGGCAAACCACUCUUGCUUUUCAACCUACUCCUAAUCCAACUCUUUCAGUCAGAAAACCUGAAAAAUCGUUUUUAGAUAUGUUAGGUCCGAUGAUGAGUAUGCCUUUAGUAAAUGGACCUGAUAGGCCAGAAGACAAUCUUUAUGCUCAUGCAUCAGAAAAUUUACAAGUUUACAAAGAUCAAACAACUCAAGAUAUUGCUCAAAUCGAAACAAUGCAAACAAUGCAGCCACCUCCACCAAUUAAAUUUACAGAGAGUUCAACAAUUCUCCAACCAUAUCAUCAAGAUCAUAUGUCUAGUUCUCACAGAACACCUGCUCUUUAUAGUCAUGAUCCUUAUUUACAUAUGCGCUUUACUACUCCAAUGUCGACUGUAAUACCGGAUGAUACUUCUGAAACUAAAUCGACUACUGUCACACCUCCUAUUCCUAUGUACUUAAUUAUACAAGGACAUUCAAAAGUAAAAACUUAUAGUUCUAAACCUACUUUUAAAUAUGAUAAUGAUACUAUGAGUAACGAGAUACCAAAGCAGAAUGAAACGAAUGAGGUUAAGCAUUUACAUCCAAUUAAAGAAAUGAAGAAACCUGAAAAAAUAACAAAUAGAACAAGCAGAUCGCAAAAUCUAAAAUCAUUAGUGGAUAAAGGCUACGGUUCUAUUGAAAUUCAAGAAACGGAUAUCGGUAUUAAAUAUGAUAUUAGUGACGGCAGUGAGGUUCCUAUUGAAGUUUAUAGAAAAGGUAUAGUAGAGAGCGAUGAGAAUGCAUAUACCUCGUCAAAUAAAAUAGUACAAGAAAAACGCAAUAAAAGACAAAUCGAUUUAGAGGAUUUGCUGCCAUUCGAUGAAGAUACCAUUGAAGAAUAUGUUUAUAACUUUUUAAGCGAAAAACGAAAUUCAUCUGGUAUAACUGGAUUAUUAGCUCAAGCAGUAACCAGUGAUGUAUCGUCAGUCGUCGACGAACUUGAAGACGAUGUUGACAGUGAACAUGACGAUGAAGAAACGUGAGAAAAUACAAGUGAACACAAUAAAAAUAUUUAGUAAGGAAUCAUAUUUAUUCUAGUACAAUGCCCAAAUUGCUUUGGGUGAUCGAAUUUAUAGUUACCCGAAUGUAAUACCCAUUUAAUAAACCAAAACAUGUUAUUUGGAUAUAAAGGAAUUUUAAAAUUAAUAGUGUAUAAAGCUUAAAUAAGCUUUAUGUUAUGUUAAAUUUAACACAAAAGAAAAUAUCACAAAUAUAUGAAUAUGAUGUGAAAUAAAUAUGAUUAUAACCACAAUUUCUGUUUCGUGAAAAAAAAAACAAACAUAAAUAUUUGUUAUUAUUUCUACAAUAAAUUAAUAAAAGAACAAGUGUAAUGGCCAAAACGAUUUAAACGUUAAUUAGGUAUUUAAGACUUAUGUUAUAUUUGUAAGAUAGCUAUUA